AUGGCUGUUACCCUCUUCGCUCCUGACGAGUUUGAUCCUUCUCACCAAGGUGUCGGGUACCUUCUUCCCAACAUGCGACUGAAGGUCGUCGGCCACGAUGGCCGCGACUUGGGCUACGAGGAAGAGGGGGAGGCCUUCAUCCAGGGCCCAAACAUAUUCAAAGGCUACUACGAGGAUCCAAGCGCAACACGAGAGAAUUUGACAGAAGACGGCUGGCUGAAAACUGGAGACGUUGUCAAGUUUCAGAGAAACGGCCUUUUGACCAUUGUUGACCGAAAGAAAGAAUUCAUCAAAGUUGGCGGAGUGCAGGUUGCCCCCGCCGAACUUGAAGGGCAUCUCCUUGAGCAUGAGCUUGUUAAAGAUUGUGCUGUGAUACGCGUGAUGCGGUAA